AUGGCAGUGGACAACGGUUCAAGAGCUAUUGGCUUACCUGACGAUGAACUCAUACGGAAAUAUGUCCACGGAUGCCACAUCUUGCACUACUACAACAUCGUGGAUGCCUACGGCCACAUUUCAGUUCGUCUCAGCGAGUCCGUCUUCAUGAUGUCGCGGUACAUGGCCCCGGCGCUUGUGUCAUCUGCGCAAGACAUGGUGUUGUACGACGUUGAGAGCGGCGAAGCUCUGAAGAAAGAUGCGCCAAAAGGCUUCUCAGAACGCUAUAUCCAUUCAGAAGUAUACAAGGCAUAUCCAAACGUCCAAGCGGUCGUGCACUCGCAUUCACUCGAAGUGAUCCCCUUCUCCAUAUCGUCGACGCCUUUACGAGCUUGUUUCCACAUCGCCGGGUUCCUAGGCACCGGAGUCCCCGUAUGGGACGCGGCAACGGUAUAUAAAGAGAAUCCUCAAGCGAGCAACGAUAUGUUGGUCCGCAGCACGGAGAUGGGAGCAUCACUGGCCAAAGCACUGGGCCCGGCCGACGAUGAAGGACUGCCCAAAUAUCCAGUGGCGCUGAUGCGUGGCCAUGGCUUUGUUGCCACUGCAAACAGCUUGGAGAUGGUCAUCGCCAAGAGCAUCUACACCAUCCAUAAUGCACGUGUUCAGAGAUCUGCAAUGGCGAUUUCGGGAGGCAUGGAGGGGGUGCAUUUCUUCAGCGAGCGAGAGGCCCACGACACGGCGUUGACGGCCAUGGCGGGGGCAGCCAAGCCGUGGCCGCUGUGGGUGGCCGAGGUUGAGUGUCACCCGCUGUAUAAGAACAAUGUGUAG